UGUAGUAGUAUAUAAAUAGUUCCUCAUUCUCCUCCUUCAUAACAAGAAGUUUUUGAGAUCACCAUUUACAGUUUUCAAUUCUCUGAAAUCGUUGAAAAAAAAUGUCGAAGCAGAGAAGCAAUGACAUUGAGAUGAUACCCGAGAUUUACGGCUAUGGAAGCAUAAUGCCUUUUGGUGCAAUGCAGAGAACCAAUGCGGAGGAGUUGAAUACACAAGCGAAUGAGAUCAAGGGUUUAGGACAGGUUGAAAAUGCAAGGAAGGGUCAGAAACCAGAUCAAGCCAAGUUGCAGGCAAUGGAGGAACACAUCAGCAAAUGCGCUGACGCCCGGAGAUCUAAAAAUUGGGUGACCAUGUUAAUAAUAGCUGCGGAAGCAACUACUUCUGAAGCUGAUGCAUCUCCUAAGCUAUUCGCAUGUCAAGCGGAAGCUCAUUUGAAGCUGUACAAAUUAAAGGAUGCUGAAUUGUGGAUUCGUAAAGCUAGGACGUAUGAGCUAUCUGCCACAGAAUGCCGGUCAAAAAUUUUUGGAAUGCUCUCUGAAGCAUACAUAUUAUUUGUCCAAGCUCAGAUUGACAGCUGUCUUGGAAAGUUUGAUGAUGCGUUUAUUGCCAUUGAAAGAGCUGCACAAAUUGAUAUUCAAAGUGCUGAAGUUACUGGUAAACUCAAAAACAUGAGGCUGGUGGAUAAAGCUCGUACUCAUGGCAACGAGCAUUUCAAUUCUAAAAGAUAUAGACAAGCUUGUAGUGUUUAUGGGGAAGGGCUCUUUCUUGAUUUUUCAAAUUCAGUUCUCUACCACAAUAGAGCAAAUUGCUGGUUUAAGCUUGGAGAGUGGGAAGAAUCUCGGGCUGAUAGCAUUCGCGCUCUCGUUAUCCGGCCACAAUAUACUAAAGCUCUUUAUCGAAAAGCUGCCUCAAGUAUCAAGCUGGAAAGAUGGGCUGAUGCUGUGAGCGAUUAUGAGUUUCUGCGGCAGCAACUUCCAAGUAACAAAGUGGUUGCUGAAAAUUUAUCCUAUGCCCGAGCUGAAUUAAGGAAGUCACGCAGAAAAGGUAAUUUCAUGGUGAAGUUGGUUUCAGAUCUUGACAAGUUCCGGGCUGCGAUUGCAUCUGGUCCAUCUGUGGUCUAUUUUGAUGAAUUAUCCAACCCAGAAAGCACGUGGAUGUCCUAUAUCAUGGAUACCUUGAACGCCGAAUAUCCUUCAGUAACUUUUCUCGAGGUGGACGUGAAACAGAGUCCAGCGAUCGCUACAGCAGAGAAAAUUAAAGUAGCACCUAGGAUUAAGCUUUACAACAAUGGCAGUCGUGUGGCGGAAACGGUUAUGCUAACUCCAGAUUCGUUGGAGUUAUUGAUUAAGAACACCCUCGUAUUUCCCCCCAGUUGGUUUGGUGUUACCUCUGUCAUGACCGGAAUCUAGACCCCAGACGAGACCGGCGUCGUUGACCUCUCAGAGGUCGCAGACAAGCCUACUUACGUCAUUCUUACUUUACAUAGAUAAAUUUUAGCGGAAAAUUUGAAUUUU